AUGGCGACCAACGGAACCAAAGCGUCGGACGGACACCUCCUCACGGAGGCGGUGAACGAGGCGCCGAACGACAAGCCCAAGACGUUGGUGGUGAAAGUCCAGAAGACGAAAAAGGAACUUCCCGAGAGAGAAACGUGGGGUGGCAAAUUUGACUUUCUCCUCUCGUGUGUCGGAUACGCCAUUGGGCUUGGCAAUGUGUGGAGGUUCCCUUAUCUAUGUGGCAAAAACGGAGGAGGGGCCUUCUUGAUUCCCUACUUUUUGACCCUUAUAUUUGCCGGCAUGCCCCUCUUCUUCCUGGAGACGGCGCUGGGUCAGUACACGUCUAUCGGAGGACUUGGCGUGUGGAAACUGGCGCCCAUGUUUAAAGGUGUUGGGCUGGCUGCUGCUGUUCUGUCCUUCUGGCUCAACAUCUACUACAUCGUCAUCAUCGCUUGGGCUAUUUAUUACCUUUACAACUCCUUCACUACUGAUCUUCCAUGGCAGUCUUGUGGUAAUCCCUGGAACACCGACCGAUGCUACACCAAUUACAGCAUCGCUGACACCAGCAAACUCACCAGCGCCGUGGUGGAGUUCUGGGAGCGUAACAUGCACCAGCUGACGGACGGUCUGGACAAGCCGGGGGAGAUCAGGGUGCCGCUGGCCAUAACGCUGGCCAUCGCCUGGGUCCUCGUCUACUUCUGCAUCUGGAAGGGCGUCGGCUGGACCGGCAAAGUGGUGUACUUCUCAGCCACGUAUCCCUACUUCAUGCUGUUCAUCCUAUUCUGCCGUGGCAUUUCUCUGCCGGGAGCCAUCGACGGGAUCCUCUUCUACAUCACCCCAGAUUUUGACAAACUCAAACAGUCUGAGGUAUGGCUGGACGCUGCCACUCAGAUCUUUUUCUCCUAUGGCCUCGGGCUGGGCUCUCUUAUCGCCCUGGGCAGCUACAACACCUUUCACAACAAUGUCUACAGAGACUCUGUCAUUGUCUGCUGCAUCAACUCCUUCACCAGCAUGUUUGCUGGCUUUGUCAUCUUCUCCAUUGUGGGAUUCAUGGCCAACGUGACAAAGAGACCCAUCGCUGACGUGGCGGCCUCAGGACCGGGUUUGGCAUUCUUAGCGUAUCCAGAGGCGGUCACCCAGCUGCCCAUCUCUCCGCUGUGGGCCAUCCUCUUCUUCUCCAUGCUGCUGAUGUUGGGGAUCGACAGUCAGUUCUGCACCGUGGAGGGCUUCAUCACUGCGCUGGUUGACGAGUUCCCUCGUGCUCUCCGGAACCGACGAGAGCUUUUCAUCGCCGUUGUCUGUCUGAUCUCCUACAUCAUUGGCCUGUCCAACAUCACACAGGGUGGUCUGUAUGUGUUUAAGCUGUUUGACUACUACUCUGCCAGUGGAAUGUGUCUUCUCUUCCUGGUUUUUUUUGAGUGCAUCUCCAUUUCCUGGUUCUACGGCGUGAACAAGUUCUACGACAACAUCGCUGAGAUGAUCGGCUAUAAACCCUGUUUGUGGUGGAAGGCUUGUUGGGUUGUCUUCACUCCUCUCAUAGUGGCUGGUGUGUUCCUGUUCAGCGCAGUACAAAUGGUGCCUCUCACCAUGGGCGACUAUGUGUUUCCAGCCUGGGGCCAGGGUGUCGGCUGGUUCAUGGCCCUCUCCUCCAUGGUCCUUAUUCCCGGCUACAUGGGCUACAUGUUCCUCACACUCAAGGGCACGUACAAAGAGCGUUUGAGGACAAUGCUCAAGCCAGUGGGGGUGGUGAAGGCCCAGGAGAACGGCCCUGACCAGCAGAUGGAGAACCAGAACCAGAAUCCAGUCAACGAGGAGGCGUACAUCUAG